UUGCGAAAACGUUUCAGUUGGAUAAUGGUUUCCGUUUGAGUAACGUACGAACGGAAGAAAAGUUACCAGUCGUCAUGCUUUCUUAUCUUUUGUUUUCAUUUCUCUUGAGCUUUACUCCACUAUUCGCGGAAGACUUAAGCUAUCAAGCUUGCGUCGAUAAAUACUCGAGGAAAGGGUACCAGCCGUGGCAAGAGUGGUCGGACCACUACACUUGCCACAGAUACAGAUGCGAAAUACGCGACGGGAAAUACUUCAUCGCUGCGGUCGGUUGUCGGAAACCGAAAAUACCCGAAAACGCUUUGGAGUGCCACGAGUAUAUCGAAGAUGAAAACGUUGAGUUUCCAACUUGCUGUGCUCGUCUUCGCUGCGUAGUGGAAGUGAACGGUGAACGGAUUGUACAAACUAGAGGACAACCGGGAGAAUUAUUCCCAGACAAGCCAUGGAAAGGCCAGCAGAACGAGCCCAACCCGGCGGUGGUGGGCAUGCAGGGUCUUCAGCAGAACACGGUGAGCGGCGAGCCGCAGACGCAGUCGGCACCCGGCAUAUUCAAUAGCAGAGGCGCAGGCAAGCCAACGGAUGGCAACGAUAUUAGCGGACGGCGAUACGUGGACCCUUACCCCAGCCAGCUGCAAGACUCCCCCCGCAAGAAGCGCUCCACCUCCACCAUCUACCCUAUGUUUGAGAAAAGUUCCGCUCGCGAAGAGCGCGCCCACCCAUAUCGGUCCAAGAUCAGUGGAUAUACACCUGAGAAAUACACAUCGUAUUUUCCUAACACUGUGAGAGCUCUGGCCAACACUAAAUUCCAUUUUUGAAAUGCGGGGACCUUACAACACUAUUAAAAUAACUCAAAAUAAAUCUGAGGAAAAUGAUAAUGAAGUACAGAAAUGGUUACUUGGUUCCUCAAGUAACUUCGUUACUUACUUUAAAUACAUAAUUUUGUCUGAUAUCAAAUUGAACCUCUACGUAUGAAAAAAUAUUGGAGCCAGAGAAUUUUUAUUAUUUAGGCCUAUACUCAUUAUUUAGGAAAAAAGGAAAAAUUUAAUAUAAAUAUAUUUUCUUUUUGACGACAUGCUUUUUAGAAGAAAAGUUUAGCGUUACAUUCGUCAUCCGUAAAAAACCCCGUCAAAACAGUCGGGUGAAAAUCUAUCAUCAUUUUCCUUUGGUUUCGGACACCUCAUAAAAAUGAAAAUCAAUGCACAUUUUUUUGUAUCUUUUGUUUAUUGUUUUUAUGUUAUUUAAUUGUGUAAUAAACAUUUUCCUAAAAAUUAAUUGUUUUGUAUUAUCUAUGUUAGAAGGUUUGUUUCCCUCCCCUUGGUUCCUGCCCCGUAGUCCCUACAGAACAUAU